AUGAGUGCUAAUGUGGAAGAAUCUCCGUCAGCUUCAAAAGAGAUGACAUUCGCAGAGAAACAGGCUGAAAGGAUGAAGAGGCUACGUUCAUUACAUACGGCAAGGAACGAAGCACGCACUCAAAAUCAUCAGGAAGUAGUAGCAGAAGAGGCUAGAAAUAAAUUGCCCCCAAACUAUGAAGCAAAGCGUCGACAAGCUGAGUGGCUGCUCGAAGAUCAACAGAAGCGCGAGGAAGCAGAGAAAGAAGGUAAAACUUACGACAGAGUCAAACUCCUUAAUAUAUCUGCAGUAGAGGCUGAAAGAUUAGAACGUAAGAAGAAGAAAAAGAACCCUGACCAAGGGUUCUCAACCUAUGAGCAAGCAACUGUUCGCCAAUAUAACAGACUUGUCAAAAACAUGGCCUCUCCUGAUAUGGAACAGUAUGAGAAACAGAAACAGAAAUAUGGUGAUGCCUUUUAUGGUGGACCAAAUGUUAUUAUUCAUGGUAUGCACAAUGAUCGAAAGGAAGCAGUUGAUAAAAUGGUUGAUGACUUGGAAGGGCAGAUAGCGAAAAGGGCCAAGUACUCGAGGAGGCGAACACACAAUGAUGAUGCAGAUAUUGACUACAUUAAUGAGAGGAAUGCUAAAUUCAAUAAGAAAUUGGAAAGAUUUUAUGGUGAACACACUGCAGAAAUAAAACAAAACUUAGAACGGGGUACUGCUAUCUAA